CCCUCUUUUUCUGUCGCUCGUAACGCCUGGACGGGCAUACAGUAGGCUUGCCAUCGCACUAAGAUGACCACUGUGGCUGUAGGCUCCCUGCAGUGAGUACUCAAAGGUUAUGCUGCCCAGAACAACCCAGCUAAGUCUGAGCAAAAGAGAAAAAGGCUAAACCACACAGAUACACUACCGCGGACCUACCUUACUUUGAGUCAUGAGUGACUCCCAGGAUGUUGGAAACAGCGGCAUCGCUGCAGGAUUGGCCGGACACCUGCACACUGCGGUGCCCCUUUCCCCUCUUCGACACGCCGAUGGUGACGAUGACGACGGGGACCUGAAUAAAACUCUGGGAGUGCAGCGCUUCCAGCAGAUCCUCUCGCCAGCGCCGCGCCUGCCUGCUGAGCAGCACCGCACCUUUAAUGAGGAAGACUUUGAAUACCACCGGCAGUCGAACAUGCACACCCACCACCCGCUGUCCAAACACCUCCCCUCUGAGGGCCGGAGGAAGAAGAGCGGCCGCAAGAGGAAGGGUGGCAGGAGGAGAGGCUCCACCAGCAGCGGUGGCGCUCCCACUAUAGAGGAGGACGAGCAGGAGGAAGAAGGAGAGGAGGAGCCCUGCAGCCCUCCGGAUGGAGAGUGUAACACUAUCACCUCUACACCCGAUACGGAUACCGAAGUGCAAAUGGAGCCUGUGCAGUUCUUUGUGUGUGACGAGUCCAGUAACUCCACUGUGGUCAAGGGUGACAAUGGUCUGUCGUCUAGACAGCUUGUUAUUGUUCCUGAGACAGCCCUGCUUGUCAGCAGUGGAGAUCUGGAGGAUGCCUCUACCACUGACGAGGACUGCACCUGUGGGCAGCCCAACGGCAGGAGAGCAUCUGUUCCCUCCGUGUACCCGCUCUCCAGCCCUGAUGCCAACUCCAGACCGGCACGCUGCUACGACCUCCAGGAACGCCGGCGCACCGGAGACCUGACGGCCACCGAGCUGGCGUGCUACCAACGCAUGCCGACUGACGAGAGCGAAGCGCAGAUGCUGGCCACCGUCGACCUGGAUGGCAUUAAGAGUCAUCGCUUUGAAGACGUUCCCGGCGUGCGGCGUCACCUGGUCAGGAAGUGCAGCAAAGGUCAGGUGGUUCACAUCAGCAAGGACCACAAAGAGCCCAGCGGACGCAGCCGCAAACUGGACAGGACCCCGCACGAGGUGUUCGUCGAGCUAAACGAGCUGGUGAUUGAUAAGAAUCAGGAGAUGCAGUGGAGGGAGACGGCUCGCUGGAUCAAAUUUGAGGAGGAUGUAGAAGAGGAGACGGACCGCUGGGGCAAACCUCACGUGGCCUCGCUCUCGUUCCGCAGCCUGUUAGAGCUGCGAAAGGCCAUCUCGCACGGUGUUGUGAUGUUGGACCUGGACCAGAGGACUCUGCCUGGCAUCGCUCAUCAGGUGGUGGAACAGAUGAUCAUCUCUGACCUGAUACGAGCAGAAGACCGGGCCAACGUGCUCCGAGCACUCCUGCUCAAACACAGUCACCCGAGCGAUGGAAAGGAGCACAGCUCGUUCCACAGGAACAUCUCGACGGCGAGUCUCACCUCUCUGAUGAGCCAUCACCAUAGCAACAACCACAUCAGCCCUCCCGAACCUUCAGCCACCGACCCGCUCAUCACAGGGGUGACCGACUCGGACACGCACGCUCAUGGCGAGAUAGAGAAGAACGAAUUGCAGCAGAAAGAUCAUCCUCCAGUGCUGGGCAUGCACAAGUCCAAAUCCAAGCAUGAGCUCAAGCUUCUGGAGAAGAUCCCCGAAAACGCAGAGGCGACCGUUGUCCUCGUGGGUAGGGUGGAUUUCCUGGACCAGCCGUCCAUGGCAUUCGUACGGCUGCAGGAGGCAGUUCUGCUGGAGUCGGUCCUGGAGGUGCCUAUACCGGUGCGAUUCAUAUUCGUCCUUCUCGGACCACCGAUCGCCAACAUGGACUACCAUCAGAUCGGCCGCUCCAUUUCUACACUCAUGUCUGAUAAACAUUUUCACGAAGCAGCGUAUUCGGCAGACGAGCGCGGGGACCUGCUGACGGCCAUAAACAGUUUCCUGGACUGCAGUAUCGUGCUUCCUCCAUCUGAGGUUGGGGGUGAUGAGCUGUUGCACUCGGUGGCUCGCUUCCAGAGAGAGAUGUUGCGCAAGAGACAAGAGCAAGAGGUCAAACUCCAAGCUAAAGAGCCCAAGAGGCCAGAGGAUGAGGCUCUUUUGCCACCGAGUAAACCCAAAGAAGACCCCCUGCGAAGGACAGGACGCCUGUUCGGCGGGCUCAUAAGAGACGCACGCAACCGCUACCCCAAAUACCUCAGCGACUUCAGGGACGCCCUGAACCCUCAGUGCAUGGCUGCCGUCAUUUUCAUCUACUUUGCUGCUCUUUCUCCUGCCAUCACCUUUGGAGGACUCUUGGGUGAAAAGACGGAGGGGUUGAUGGGUGUAUCGGAGCUGAUCAUUGCCACUGCAGUACAGGGGAUUAUCUUCAGUCUGCUUGGAGCUCAGCCAAUUUUGGUGGUUGGAUUCUCUGGACCGUUACUAGUGUUUGAAGAGGCGUUCUUUUCUUUCUGUAAGUUCAAUGGAAUGGAGUACCUGACAGGCCGCGUCUGGAUCGGCUUUUGGCUGGUGAUCAUCGUGGUCAUCACGGUGGCCUUUGAGGGCAGCUUCCUUGUGCGGUUUGUCUCACGUUUCACCCAAGAGAUUUUCUCCUUCCUCAUCUCCCUCAUCUUCAUCUAUGAAACUUUCUCAAAGCUUGUCAAGAUCUUCAAGGACCAUCCUCUCAAACCCUGCAACGGCACAAUGGAAAGCAACACUACAGCGGAGUUAGCAGGCAACUUCAGCAGCCCGGCAGAUGUGCCUGAGAAAGUUCUGAACCAGCCAAACACGGCCCUGCUGUCCUUAGUGCUCAUGUCAGGAACGUUCCUCAUCGCCUACUACCUGCGCAAAUUCAAGAACAGUGCCUUCUUUCCUGGCAGUCUUCGCAGGGUGAUUGGAGAUUUUGGUGUUCCCAUUGCGAUCUUCAUCAUGGUUUUGGUGGACACCAGUAUUAAAGACACAUUUUCACAAAAGCUGAGCGUGCCGGAUGGUUUCAACGUGACCAGCCCGGAGAAACGCGGCUGGGUGAUAAACCCACUGGGCUCCGACGGUCAGUUCCCAAUCUGGAUGAUGGCUGCCAGUAUUCUUCCUGCCCUGCUUGUGUUCAUCCUCAUAUUCAUGGAGACGCAGAUCACCACUCUCAUUGUCAGUAAGAAGGAGAGGAUGCUGGUGAAGGGUUCUGGCUUCCACCUUGACCUGCUGAUCAUUGUCGCUGUGGGUGGCAUUUUGGCCCUGUUCGGCCUGCCGUGGUUAGCCGCCGCCACCGUGCGCUCCGUGACCCACACAAAUGCCCUUACUGUCAUGAGUAAGGCGGUGGCGCCCGGUGACAAACCACGCAUCCAGGAAGUAAAGGAGCAGAGGGUGACUGGACUUCUUGUGGCGGUUUUGGUUGGUCUUUCCAUUGUUAUUGGAGAAGUGUUAAGGCAGAUCCCAAUCGCUGUGCUGUUUGGGAUUUUCCUCUACAUGGGGGUGAUGUCGCUCAACGGCAUCCAGCUAACCGAACGCAUGAUGCUCUUACUAAUGCCCCCUAAAUAUCACCCAGACCACAUGUAUGUCCGGAAGGUGCGGACUCUGCGGAUGCACUUGUUCACGGCCGUUCAGAUCGUCUGUUUGGCUGUCCUCUGGGCCGUCAUGUCCACCCAGGCUUCACUAGCUUUCCCAUUUUUCCUGAUCCUCACCGUGCCCAUGAGAAGGUUCCUGCUGCCUCGGAUCUUCACCCAGCGGGAGGUGCAAUGUCUUGACGCUGAUGACGCAGAGCCCACAUUCGACAUUAGAGACGGCCAAGAUGAGUACACUGAGAUGCACAUGCCAGUAUGAUGCUGAUCCCGCCGACUCAACUGGAACUCGCACACAGUGAUAGAGUGAAAUCAUAAUUCAAUCCUGGAUCUUUUAUCAUGUAAAGGCUUUGACAGGUCAGUGACCUUGUCACUGCAGAUUUGUUCCCGAGAGCACAAGAGUCCUGUCUAAAGAGUCGUUUUUAUAGCUUUUAUUGCUCCAUCUCUAAUUAAUUACUUGGUUAUAUAUAUAUCUAUUUAUAAAUAUAUGAAAGUAUUUAACAGUUCCCCGGGUGUCUUAUGUAGUCUUUGCUGAAUUAUCGUCAUUUUAUCCAGAAGGCUCGGUGUGUACCGAGGCUGUACUAACACUCGAGCUUUGUAUAUUUGUGCAGUAAGUACAAAGCGUGCGCACCCCUCCCCACAAAGCACUUUAUGACCAAUCAUACGCUUUUGUCAGUGUUUGGAGUUUGCAGUUUUUUAUCUCUGGUGGAAAAACAGGGUGAACUAGAUAAACUGAACAAACAUCACGCUGACAAUGUUUAAAUAGCUAUUUUUUAACCAGAGCUAAAAAGAGAGGAACGGUUAUCUCAGAGUCUGUUUUUAAUGUGUGUAUGUUUUAAGUAUGUUGUAAAAUGUGCAUACACUGAGCUGCCGGAUUUAGGUACACCUACCAUCUAUCAAUCAUCGCUCAUUUAAUACGGGUGCACUAAGUAGGAAUAAAGUUACUAAGGGUAGCACAGACGUUGUGGUUGUGGGAUGUUGGUGGGUGUUGUGCUGUUUAGCAACGUUCCUGGAAUUUUUUAAUCACUGUAUAUUUACUUUACACUUUGAUUCACCCACCUUGUGAUUUACUUUAGGAGUUGUUUAGUUAGACCUGUUGCAGUUACACUUUUUUCUUUAUAUUAGCAAACCACUGACAUAUCGACCCCUGUUGUUUGUAUCAUUUUGGAAAGCAUCCCUGUUCCACUGGCUACAUGUACAAUCUGUGUGCAGAACAUGCAAAUGCAUUCUAUGCAAAAAAGGUUCUCCAUUUGUUGGCACAAACUCUUUUUGGGGUCCUUUUGUUUCCUUAUACCUUCCAAAACCAUGCAAGCUGUGCAAGGAUUACUCCAGUGCUCAAACUACUCAAGCUGCAGUAUGAGCUGCAGUAUUGCCCUGCGUUGGAAUGGCACUGUCCUCGGUGUAUUCCCACCAUGCUCCAAGUGUCUUUUGGGAAGUGCGACCCACUGUGACCUUAAGCAGUAUUGGUUGCACAGUGAAUACAUGAUAAACAAACUAUAUCUGGCUUAUUUUGUCCCUGAAGUUCUUUCUGCAUCCUUUCUUUCCUGGGGGGGACAAUCCCACAUUUUAAAUACCCCUGAGUUAGGCGCUUGUAUUUACCCCAGGUCAGUACACUGACACUGAUCUGGGUAGUUUCCAGAUCAGUGUCACCGCCGUGCUGAGUAUAAUCCACCACCGGCCUAAUAUCUAUCUGGUCAGUGAUGGUUCUGUUGUGUCUAAUUUCUACAGAUGGACACAGAGGGAUACAGAAGCUCACAAAUCAUUUAUGAGAACAGAAGGGUGACACGGUGCACCUGUCUAGUAGGUGUAGCAGAUAAUUAGCAUUAAUCGUAAAUCAAAUAUGAGUGUAUCUAGUCAGCCGGGCAGCUCUUUGUAUGUAAAGCCAAAAGGAUCAAAAGACCGGAGUAUUACAAGCUGUGGAACUUUAUUCCCUUGUAUGAAAAAUAUGAAUAUCUGAAUAUGCAAAUGUAGGGUGGCUGCACCCAACCCGUGUUCGUUCCCUGGCUCCGGCUUCUCUGUGUUUUGUUGUGCUCUGGUUCAUCAAGUCAAGUCAAGUUUUGUUCUGCUUGUUUGAGGUGACGAGUAAAAUAUUAACUAGAGAACAUCAGGGUGGGUGCACGGCACCGGGGUUACUGUAGUUAAUGUCUGUCAGGACUUUGAUAUGUCCAACACAAGUCAUGAAGACCAGGGUUUAGUUUUCAUCUCUGGUUUGCCUUCAUUUUUGACCCAAACAUGCAAAAUGUAGAUUGGCUGCUCUAAAUAGCUGCUGGGACUGAGUGAGUGAAUGGACUCGUCAGUGUUGUCCUGCCAUGGAUCUGGCUUUUGUCCAGGGUGUGUUCCUGCCUUGCGCCCAGAGUUUCUAGGUGUCUCUGUAUCCAGGGAGACCCGUAACUGGAGGAAGCAUUUUUUUAUUAAGGAAAUGAAUGACUAUACAAGUACAAACAAUGUUUUUGUGUCAAAAUUCAGCACAACAAAUAGAAAUUGUUUUCUGAUCCUGUGGUGUGCCGACACCAUAGAGCUUAUUGUACUGUCGCUGAGCUGAAAGAUAAAUCACAGCAGAACACCAAGAAGUCCAGUGUAUACGAGAUUCUAAAUUUUAUGCUGAAUUUCGUUGCUGUAACAAUCAUGUUUGUGAUAUUCAGUAGAUCAGUAGUGAUUAGGACUGAACAAUAAGGGAAUCAUGGUCAUUCAUUAGUUUGCCAUUUAGUCCAAAGGAUUACAUUUUAAGGGUAUUGUGGUAUAGACUUGUAUACUGUUUAAUAUAUUUUCGCUUUUUAAAUAAUACUAGGCGUCUGAAUCAUAUAAACAUCUAGUCAAUGAUUUACGAGGCUUUUGUUUAAUAUUAUAGCCUGUUGAUAUUAUUAGUUUAUAGUGAGCUGUUACUUAUCAUAGAGGACGUUUCAGAACAAAAAUGCAGUCCAAAGCAGAAAUCUGGUUUUUUUAAUUUUAUUAAAUGCCUUAUUUUAGUUGUUCUUUGUCUAUCUUUUCCAUUUUAUAUGUUUAAAGAGGAACAAUCAUGCAGCAUAUCAUACAUAAUCCCUGAAAGAAAAUAUCCACACCACUGAAUUAGGGCUGGGCGAUAUUUUGACAGGAAUGUGACCAGCGAUAGAGGUUGGAGAGUUGUAGUGGAACUGGCACCUAACAAUGCUGCCUAAAUCAGCUGAACCAAGCUGGAGAAAUAAGGAAAGCACUGUAGGGUCCUGGCAACCUGGCAAAACAGGGCAAAUUGUAGAUUCACUGUUCCAGAUGUAUAAAUCUGUGAGUGAAUGUGUUACACCAGGCUCCAGAGUUAAGUGCUUAGUGAAAAUAAAUGAAUAAAUUAAAGAAAUAAGAAGGCAUCCUAAAAGGUAAUGAAAUUUCAUUUGUGCAGGACUCCAGUGGAUUAGCACCAGAUCGGUUUUGGAAAACAAUGUAAUAUUUAACCUGACCAUAUAUCGCCCACCCUACUUCAGAGGGAAAUCUUCAAAACAAAUAAACCGAGCAGUAGCUUUAUAGAUACUCUAUUAAAUGUUUGUUACACUACAGUGUUUUACCAGAGAUGAUCUAAGGAGCAACAUGUCACUGGUUAAAGUAAAUGGAAUAACAAGUGACCCAAACUAUAGUGAUAGGCACGAUUUCUCAAAGAUUGGUACUACUUCUAAUACACUAGUAACCUUAAGAACAUAAAACAACUCAUUUCUGGGGUAACUAGUUAAAACCAUUGCUAAGAACCUAAGCCAACCAGAACAAUCCAUAAAGAGGUUCAUAUUAGCUAUCUGGCGCAGGGAUGUCCAAUCUUAUCGUCCUUUAGACCCCAACCAGGUCAAUGGCACUUAAUAACAUGUCUCUUUCUGUCUCUUCUUAUAUCAUCUCUGGUAUAACUAUAUGUUUGUUUUAAACUGCUGAUAAUCUAUGCAUGCAUGUCCUCAUUUAGCAGUUAAUCUACUUUACACAGUAACAUCAGUCACAAUUUCAUCAGCAUUUUUCUCAGGAACUCUUCUGAGGGUAAAUAAUUCAUAUCUAAAAGCUUUUGCAAACAGUAUUUUGUGUAUUUAAAAUAGUCAAGCAUGAUUGUUCCACUUUUAUCAGUUACUGGGCAGGGGUAUACGGUGUGUAGAUAAUAGGAGGGUUAACUGUUACAUGUGCAAUCUAUCCUUAGUUAAGUAGAAGAGUCACAUUCCAGCUAUAACACUCAUAGAUUUUACAAUACAAUACAAAAAGUAUUUUUACUUGCGUUAAUGAUUGUAAAUAAUCAUGAUUACAGUAAAUAUUUGAAACUACAUUUCAUUUUGCUACUUCCUAAAGUAUUUGUGUUACAGCCGACUAAGCUUACAACAUAGUGCCUUCGAUUAUCACUGUAAAACAUGCCGGAUGAAACUGUGUAGUUGCUUUGCUUAAUCCUAACCAUAAAGUGAAGAUGUGUAGCUGUGUGAUGGUUAAAUGUUGGAAAGUGAGUUCAGUGAUGUGUGUGUGAAAGCUGCAAAAUGGCAGUAAGAUGACAGUUGUAAUUCUUUUGUGUGAAUGAAUACACAGUACAGUUUCAAUAAAGCAACUCAACAUUCCUA